GCGGCUGGGCACUCCGCGCCUGAGAGCUGAAGCCACAAAGCCCACCGUAGCUUCGAGUAAAGCUCGAGAGGCGACGGCCACGGAGGGCUCGUCGACCAUUGCCACUGCGAGAGAAUGGCAACAAGCAUGCGUUGGAUAGCGCUCUUCUUGCUGGUCGACGUGUGUGCUCUGGCCGUUUCUGCCGUCAUCGACGAUGGCCUGUUACCCAACGGGGACUUCAGAAACGGGCCAGACAAGUCUCAGAUGAAUGGCCCGGUGGUGACGGGGAAGCACGCGAUACCGAACUGGGAGCUCUCCGGGUUCGUGGAGUACAUCGAGUCGGGCCACACGCAGGAAGACAUGAUCCUGCCGGUUCCGGUGGGCGCGAACGCCGUGCGGCUGGGCAACGACGCCACCAUCCGGCAGCAGCUGAAAGUUUCCCGCCACACCUACUACUCCAUCUCCUUCAUCGCCGCGCGGUCAUGCGCCCAGGCCGAGAAGCUGAACGUGUCGGUCGACCCGGAGUUCGGCGUGCUCCCGAUCCAGACCGUGUACACCAACACCGGCUGGGACACCUACUCCUGGGCGUUCAAGCCAAGGCACAGCACCGUGUGGCUGUCCAUCCACAACACCGGCAUCGAGGAGAACCCGGCGUGCGGCCCUCUCCUCAUCGCCGUCGCCAUCAAGACCCUCUACCCUCACGUGUACAACAGGGGCAACUUGGUGAAGAACGGGGACUUCGAGCAGGGGCCAUACAUCUUCACGAACACGCCGUGGGGCGCGCUGGUGCCGCCGAUCUUCGAGGACGUGCACUCGCCGCUCCCUGGGUGGAUGAUCAUGUCGGACACGAAGGUGGUCAAGUACAUCGACGCGCAGCACCACGCGGUGCCCAAGGGCGCGCGCGCCGUGGAGCUGGUGGCCGGCGUGGAGGUGGCGCUGGUGCAGGAGGUGGCGGGCACCGUGCCCGGGCGGUCCUACAGGCUCUCGUUCAGCGUCGGGGAUGCGCGCAACGGGUGCGUCGGGUCACUGGGCGUGGACGUGUACGCCGCGCGGGAGAAGCGGAGGGUCACGUACCACUCCCGCGGCACCGGCGGGCACAAGUGCGCCAAGCUCGAGUUCACGGCCAUCGCCGACAAGACGCGCGUGGUGUUCCAGAGCUCCAACCACCACACCGUCAACGCCACGCUCUGCGGGCCCGUCGUUGAUGACGUCUGGCUCGUCAGGCUCAAGUAGAGCUGCUUUCGAGCGUACUACUGUACGUGUUAGCAUGUAAGCCCGAUAUGGGGCUGCCUGGCCAUUUUCUUCGAACGUAAUGGUUUCCGGGCUUACUAUCUUGUCUACUAGAGUACCUUAAUUUGAAGGAUGAUGCUUGGUUUGUGUAGUUGGACUGAGACUUGAGCUAGACAUUGAGGAAGUAUUGUGACGGGAUAGGAUUAGUAGCAAUUGCAUUUCCUGCAAA